GCGACGAAGUAGUGGGAAGCCUGAGCAGGAAGGGCUCCUCGAGGAGGUCGACGACACACAGGAAGUCCACGGCUUUCCUGGACGUGCCGCCCCAGCAGAUAUGCGAUCCUGAUGAAGACGAGGACAGCCUGAGGAUACGAUCCUUCACAUUCGCCAACAAAGGGACCGGAAUAAUCAACAGAGGCGAUUCCUUCAGGAAGAAAAGAUCGAGAUCAAACAGCCUCGCUGGAACUCCACCUCCACAGAACCUCAGCCCAGUGCCGUCUCCUGAGCCCGUCAGCUACAGGGUAGCCACUCUCGGCCUUCCAGGAGUCGGAAAAACAGCACUAGUAUCACAGUUUAUGACUUCUGAAUGCAUCAAUGCUUACGACAGGCAAAAAGAUGAGCCCAGCCAGCAGUCGGUUCAUGUCAUGCUGAAUGGGGAAGAGUCUGAGUUGAAAUUUAUCACAGAUGCUGAGUGUGAAGGCGAUGAAGGUCCUGCGGAUCUUUACCUCGUCAUGUAUUCCUGUGUCGACAAAGCAUCUUUCCAAAAAGCUGAAGAGCUUCUCAACAAACUUCAGCACGGGCUUCUAACAAGGAACAAGCCCAUCAUACUCGUCGCGAAUAAAGUCGACUUGGCCAGGAGCCGUGCAGUGUCUUCGCAAGAUGGCAAAUGCCUCGCUUGUACAUACGGGGCGAAAUUUAUCGAAGUGUCUGUUGGCAUUAACCAUAACGUCGACGAACUGCUUGUCGGCAUCCUCACACAGAUAAGGCUUAAGGAGUCUUACAAAGGUAAGGAGACGACGAGGCACUGGUACAAUAACCAUGGGAUGCUUCGCGCUUCGCUUAAAGCCCGCCAGAUGAUAACGUGGAUCUUUGGAAAAGAAGAUUCCAAGUUCAAAAACUGCGAGAAUUUGCAUGUCAUAUAACUGCAUAAAACCAUUUCCAUUAUUGAACCUUCAUUCUCUCCCCCUUCCUUCCUGGAUGUGUCAAAUUACAACUGUAGGCUUUUAAAGUUCUGCCAACUUGUGCGUAAUUUUCAUUUACAAAAAACAAAUUUGUAUAAGUUUUCAUUAUUUGGCAUUUAUAAUGCCUCAUAAAAUUGAAGACUUAUGGAUAAACUAUAUCAUUUCCCCCUCCCCCACCGUUAAAACCAAGUUAAAAGAAAUUUGUGAUAAUUUAUUUUUUAAUAAAAACAGGGUAAAAUAAAUAAAAAUCCAUGGUCCCUACAGUUAAAAAAAAAGUAAUUCACAUUACUUACGCAAUUAUAUUUUAGUUAGAUAAGUUUAAAAGAGUAUAUACUUUGUAAGAUGUAUUUUUAUAUAAAAAAAAGAAUUUGCUUUCCCAUUAACAUAACUUUUACCGGGACCAUAUUUCUAACAAUGUUUGUCUAAAAUCAUCCAACAUCUUCCUUAAAGAAAAGAUCAAAAUUAUAUUUCGUAGUAUUAGUAAUAAGUCAACAAAAACUAAAUGUGCUUCCCUAUAAACUAAAUGUUUAACAUAUAAAAACCGGUCAACUUUUGUACAUAAUAAUUUGAUGGAGUGAUAUACUAUAUAAAAAACUGGUUUACUAUUUGAUGUAUAUUCUUUAUAAACGAUUGUUUUAAUUUUUUCAAUUGUUUAAGUUAUUGUUAAAUAUUUAAUUGAUUAUAACAAAUAAUAAUAUUGUUGGUUGAGCGUUCAGGUUAAGUAAAAGUCUAAAGAGAAUGAAACGAUGUAUACAAUUAUAUAACAAGGCUGUAAAAUAAUUAAACGUGUUGUCUUUCUGCUUAAAAAUUUGUUGUUUUGAAGAAACUAUUUUUAAAUAAAAAA